AUGACAGAUUGUGGAAUAGCCCCGCUGCUGGAUGCCAGGGAAGGGUCUCGAAUUAUAGGGGGCACCGAAGCUCAAGUUGGUGCAUGGCCAUGGAUAGUGAGCCUGCAAAUGCGGUUUGGCAGUGCUCAUGCUCAUGUAUGUGGGGGAAGCUUAGUGAAAGAAAGGUGGGUCCUCACAGCUGCUCACUGCAUUAAAAACGCUAGAAAUCCUUCAGUGUGGAGAGCUGUGAUUGGAACUAAUAAUAUUCUCAUCAAAUAUCAACACACUAAGAGGAUAAAAGUUAAUGCGAUCUUCAUCCAUCCAGGUUUUAAUGUGGACUCUUAUCUAAAUGAUAUGGCACUUUUUCAUUUAAAAAGAGCAGUGAGGUACAAUGACUAUAUUCAGCCUAUUUGCCUACCUUUUGAUGUUUUCCAAAAUCUGAACCAAAACACAGCAUGUUUCAUAAGUGGCUGGGGAAGAACUCAUGAAGAAGGUAAUGGUACAACCACCUUACAGGAAGCCAAAGUGCAUUUUAUUUCUCGAAGUGUUUGUAAUUCUGAGACGAGUUAUGGGGGGAUAAUUCCUAAUACUUCGUUUUGUGCAGGUGAUGAAGAUGGAGUUUUUGAUACUUGCAGGGGUGAUAGUGGUGGACCAUUAAUGUGCUACUUACCAGAACAUCAUAAAUUUUUUAUCAUGGGAAUUACCAGUUAUGGACAUGGCUGUGGUCGAAAAGGUUUUCCUGGUGUCUAUAGUGGGCCAGCCUUCAACCAAAAGUGGCUGAUGGAAUACCUCUCACAGAGAAGCCGGAAGAGCAUAUCUAAUACAAGCUUUCUGGUUGGACAGAUCCUUAUAGCCUUAGGGUCUGUAGUCUUCCUAACAACUAAGUGA